AUGGUGAAGUCAGUAAAAAGUGAUAAGAUAGAAAGUAUUUUAGGUUAUAAUAAAUACAUAAUUGAUGAUGAUGGAAGUGGGUUUGUUAUAAGAACUAACUUUGAAGAAGAAAAUGAGAAGUAAGCUAACGACUUCUUUGAAUAAAAUUAUAGCUUUAAAAAUUUAGAUGGAGGGGAAAAACUUGAAAAGAUAGCUCCUAUUAAAGAAACUAAUGCUGAAAAGAAAAAAAGACUUGAAGAAAAGGGAAAUGUGUUGGAUAAAUGGUAUGGUUUAUCUAAAAAGACAUAAUUGAGCUAAGACGAAAAGAAUUAACUUGUUUUACUUAAAUUGAAGGACUACCUUAAUCCUAAAUAGCACUUUAGAACUACCGAUAUGAAAAAAAUACCUAAAUUCUUCUAGAUAGCUACAAUGAUAGAUGGUAAAGAUGAUGGCUUUGCUGUUUCUAAGAUUCCUAGAGGUUAAAGAAAAGCAAAUUUAGCUUAGGAGCUUUUAGAAUUAGAUAAGCAAGUACAAUUCACAAAGAAGAAAUUCGGAUAAAUACAAUCAGUUAAAUAGAAAAUAGCCAAAAAUUCAGAUAAAAAUAAAAGAUUACAGCGCGCACGUAAGCACAUGAAACAUCUUAAAAAACAUAAAAAAUGA